AUGCCAGCCAUUCAGCGAUGGCAUUUACGAUUUCGACUUUUUCUCAGAGGUCGAAAAUACCGUCGAAUUCUCGUCUCAUCCCUCGUUUUCUCGAUUUGUCUCUUCGUUUUCUCAGCCCUCACCGCACUUUCCGUUUUCGAUCGACAGCAUAAUAAUAUCGUUUAUCAUUAUGUUCAAAGGCAGGACGACAUUGCUCUGCUUUCAGCCACUUUUUACAAUACGUCGAAAAGCUUCUCCAACAACAGUUUGGUCCUUCUCUUCGUCGCUCAUCAAAUUUUCCACUAUAAACACUCGUCUUUCGAGAUUGAGACUUUUGCAGGAAAUGAAACGACAAGAGCAACGUUAAGGAUAAUGCCUGUGAUCGGCCAGAUGCCAUUCUACUGCAAAUGGGUGCCAUUCAUUGCGAUUGGAGAGCUUGACAUUACCAGCAGUGCCGGCGUUCGGUUGAUCUCCGGGGAAAAGCAGAUUGAGCUAAAUCUCCGUGAACCUUAUCCAGAAAAGCAUCCAGUUGUCGCGUGUUUUUCGCCACUUUUUCUCAAUGAACGAUGGCAAUUGUUGAUACUCACAGCACAGGUUUACUCCCACUACGGAGCUUUCAUGCAUUUCUAUGUGCGCAGUAUGAUCACCGAUCUUUUCGAUGUUCUAAAGUACUACAAACACUCUCGGGUCGUCCCCUGGUCGGGCAUUCAUUUGGGCAAAGAGUCGGCGAGUGGGCCGGGAUUUCGACCGGAUUUCGAAUUGGAAUUUCGAAAUCAAGCCGGCGCCAUGACGGAUUGUCUUCUUAUGUACAAGGAAUCCGCGAGCUACAUAAUUUUCCCAGACACCGACGACAUCAUCAUCCCGCGGUUGGGAAAAAAUUUUGAACAGGAAUUCUCGCAAAUUUUCGCUCUUUUCCCCGAGGCGGCCGUCAUCGCUUACAAUAUGAGUCAAACCGAUAUCCACGCGGAGAUUUCCCCAUCGAAUUACAUGGUGGACGAGGUGUUGACAAGUGUUCGUUUCCGCGGUGAGACACGCUGGGGAAAAGUGGUUGUCCGACCGGAGAGGAUCGAUUCCGUUUGGAUACACAAAUCGUAUGGGAUACGAGACGGAUACGAACAAAUCACUCUCCCGAUCGAGCUCAACUCGGCUCUGCAUUUGCGCUUUUGGAAUUUCAGUGAAACGGGAUCUCUCGAGUCAAAGAUCGACAUUCCGCUGUACGAUCCUCUACUCACCAAGAACUCGAAUCAAACGCCGAAAUAUCGAAGUCCCCAGCGGCCAUUGAUGUCAAACGAUGAUUUGCAAGAGAUUCGAAAAAGUUUUCAGGAAAUGACGCGCACUCUUGGCGAGAUUUAUCUCCGUCUUCCCGAAUUUUCAAUUUAUUACCCGCUAAUCGAGAAAUGCUAUGAUCGGAUAUUCUACAAUGGACAGAGACAUGCCACGUGUAAGGGCCCCGAGAUGUGCGAUCUUCCCUCUUUCCCGGGUGUUCGUUGCGUGAAUGUGAACUCAUCGGUCGAUUCCUUCCGCGGCGAUAACAUUUUCAUCCACCUGCAAAAAAAUUGGUUUUUCGAGCACAGCACAAAUGGGUGCUCGAUU